AUGAAAUAUGAAAUAGAAAUCCCACCGAAUGUUUGGGCCGAGCAUGUGCUACCAUUUUUGGAUAGACACUCACAGAAUCAACUGUGUUCGACAAGUAAGGAGUUGUACGAGUCUCACCUCUUACAGACAACGAUAGCCAAAUGGCCGUUUCGGACUGACUUGGAAGUGGCUUCGUUUGUCAGUACUUUGGCGUUCUCACCAGAAGGAAACUACCUUGCUAUUGGGGACGCUAAUACAGGUGGUAUCCAAAUUUUGAAUUGUGUCAAUGGCUCACGAACCCGUUUGCAAAGUGUGCGACAGAAUCUUGGUGUCAAUUGUCUGUCCUUUUCUCAGGAUAACAAGACUCUGGCUUCGGUCCGAUGGGAUGGCAGAUCCAUAAGACUAUGGAACAUUCAAGAAGCAAAGGAGGACAGUGUGUUGGAAGGCCAUUCCGAUACCGUUUGGUUGGUGGUGUUUUCUCCAGUGGACCCAACUGUAUUGGCAUCGGCUGGAAGGGAUGGCUCGAUACGAUUGUGGCAAACUGAUGAGAGUUGUAUUGGAGUACUACAAGACGAAAGUAUUGACUAUCAAGUCAACGCCUUUGAUUUCUCUCCCGAUGGUAGGCGAUUGAUUGCCGCGGUGGAGAGAUCGGAUCAUGUUGGACGAUUGUUGAUAUGGAAUGAUCUAGGGGAGGAGUCCACAAUCGAAACUUUAGUAGCUCCCAACGGGAAGAUGAUGCACAACCACGAAGGGCGCUGCACAAGUGUUCGCUUCUCUCCAGAUGGACAUUACUUUGCUACUGGAAGCUGGGACUCUACCAUUCGAAUUUGGAAUGCCACAGCGUCCAACCAAUUAGUGUUUGAGGGGAUAUUGAGAAUGCGAGAUGAGGUCCACUCCAUCGCCUUUACUCCCAAUGGAAAAAUCUUGGCCGCUGGUUGCUGCGAUCGUAGUGUUUUCUUCUGGAAAAUGGAGACUGCCACAGAAACAGGGGUACCACUUUGUGUACUUUCUUACUUUCAUACUACCUCUUGGUGCUCCAUUCAAUUUUGUAAGGAUUCUACACUUGCAACAUCUGGGGGGACAAAGGCGGAUGCCAUCCGACUUUGGAACCCUUUGGAGCAUGCUUGGAGCAUGGACGAAAACGAAGGAGACUUUCAAGAACUAAUUGAGUUGUGGGGUUGA